GCUCCUUAUCCAACCUUGGGGAGAAGGAGUUGGAGCAAGUGUACUACAUUGCAACUGGGCUUUCCCCAACCCUCCAUGUGAAGGACUUGAUUUGCAACAAGAAGAGGGAGUUGCCACUUGGAAGCAUUCUUAUCCAGAACUUCAAGGAAGACUUCAGCAAUGUUGAGGCCUAUGCAACCCAGCUAGGCUGGUACCAGCUCUUCUCCAAAAAGGGUAAGGGUGAGUCUAAGCCAGAAGGGCCUGGUGAUGACAACACUGAAUUGGCCAAGCUGAAGUACACCUAUGAAAGGGGGCAUCCUGGCUUUUGUGCACCCAUCAGUUUCAUCUACAGAAGUGGCAGCAACAUGUUGAAGAUUGCAGAGACCUGCAAGACCUCUGAGUAUGUUUGCAGCUUGGAUGACAUCUUUGACAGAACUGAUGGCUUGGAAGCUUGGUGGGGGCAUGUGGCUGAAGUGGCAGUUGAAACCAUGGAUGCUUACACCUGGGCCAAGGACUUUGUAAACACUGCCUUGGGAAUGCACCCAGAUCAUUGGCAACACCAACAGGUUACCAACUUGAUGAAGCAGAAGCCCAUCAAAGGUGUCAGAAUCAAGUGGGGCAACUCUUGUCAUGACUGCUGGGACUCCUGCCCCUUGGUUCUUGGGUGGGUGGCUGAGUGUGCUGGGGCACUAGAAUGGAAGGUGACCCUGCAGUCCAUGUAUGACACAAUGCAGCCCCCCAGGGAGAGGCAGCUGAACAUUGCACACCUAGUCAGAGUACAACAGCAGGCAGGGGCAGCAACAGAUGAAAAGAAGCAUGAAUCACAUGAGCAGGAGCUGGCCAGGUUGAAGCAACAAGCAUUACAACUGCAGCAAAACCUUGAUGGCAGCUUGGUGCCACCAGAAAUCAAGCCAGACCCAGUAAGCAUGGCAUUGGAAGAACAGAAGAAAAAGGUGGCAGAGCUGCGAAGGCAAAUUGAGGCAAAGAAACAGAAAGAACUGGGAGGGCAGACCCAGUCCCAUCAGAUGUCAGAAGUGGAGACAGAGAAAGCCAAAGUUGCAGCACUGCAAAAGCAACUAGAAGAGCAACAGAAGGCAGAGCAACAGAGACUGGCAGCAGAGGCAGAAGCCAAGAAGCUGGCAGAAGUGGAGGCAGAGAAGGCCAAAGUUGCAGCACUGCAAAAGCAACUUGAAGAACAACAACAGAAAGAAGAGCAAGAGAGACUGGCAGCAGAAGCCAAGAAGCUGGCAGAAGUGGAAGCAGAGAAAGCCCAGGCUGAAGCACUGCAGAAGCAACUUGAAGAACAACAGCAGAAAGAAGAGCAAGAGAGACUGGCAGCAGAGGCAGAAGCCAAGAAGAUGUCAGAAGUGGAGGCAGAGAAAGCCAAAGUUGCAGCACUGCAAAAGCAACUAGAAGAGCAACAGAAGGCAGAGCAACAGAGACUGGCAGCAGAGGCAGAAGCCAAGAAGCUGGCAGAAGUGGAGGCAGAGAAGGCCAAAGUUGCAGCACUGCAACAGCAACUUGAAGAACAUCAACAGAAAGAAGAGCAAGAGAGACUGGCAGCAGAAGCCAAGAAGCUGGCAGAAGUAGAAGCAGAGAAAGCCCAGGCUGAAGCACUGCAGAAGAAACUUGAAGAACAACAGCAGAAAGAAGAGCAAGAGAGACUGGCAGCAGAAGCCAAGAAGAUAGCAGAAGUGGAGGCAGAGAAGGUCAAGGCUGAAGCAUUGCAGAAGCAACUUGCAGAACAGAAAGCAGAGAAGAAAGACAGUGAUGUUCCACAGCAGUGCAAACACACAGCAGGACAGGCAGAGAAUACCAGCUCCAGCAAGGCAGAGGCAAAGGUUGUUGAACAGCCAGGCAAGGAGGUAGUUGUGCUAGAUGAUGAGGCAGCAGCAACACAGGAUGAGGAUCCCAAUUUGAUGAUGAAUCAGUGCAAGCAGCAAAGAAGAGAAGAACUGAGUGCAAGGCUUGGUGGCCUGCAUUAUGACAGUCUGCCUGAGGCUGCAGCACAGGGCAAGAAAGCAGAACCUUCAUCAUCACUCCUGGCUGCUGGGAUGCAAGGUGAUGGGAAGGAUUCAAGGGAGUGGGCUUGGUGGCUUCCUAUGCUGGUGACCUGGUGGGUCCUCAUUGGAAUGGUGGUGGCAGCUGGCAUGGCUGGUCAGCUCAAGAUGGUGAUGAUUGGAACAUGCAUUCAAGCAGUGGUGCAGCUGGGUCAGCAGAUCCUUCUGGUAGCUCACAUGAACCAGUUCAUGGCCAUUGAGGUGGCUAUGAGGAUGAGGAACUCUGAGCCCACCCCUUUUGAAAAGCAUGCCAUCAGGUCCCACCAGUGGACCAAUGACAAGCUGAAGGAUGAUGCCCUGAAGGUGUUGCAGCUUUUUGGGCAGACCAAGGGGGCAGGCAGGUCCUCCAAGAAUGUGAUUGGGAUCAUGGCAAAUAGGCAGGGCUUAAGGCUUGGUGACCUGGUGGAGCCUGACUGCAUCUUGUGGACCAUGUGUAAGCACCUAUGGGUCAGCCAGAUCAAGUCCUUGGCCCCACCAUUGAUGGUUGCUAAUGAAGAUGGAAGGGGGCCCAGUGUUUUGUGCUACUGCCUCCCAGCCUCAGUCUUCAUGCCUAUGGGCUGUUGCAAUUUCCACUUCAAGGGCCCCAUCUUCAAGAAUGACCACCCCUAUGUGAACAUUGGGUAUCCAUGCAGCAAAUGCCUGAGAUGUGGAGGGAGCUUGGCAGCCAGUGGUGUAGUGGAUGCUGGGCUGUGCAUUUGCACAGAUGUAGUGCCAAGGGAUGAUGAUGGGGAAGGUGUGGCCCUGCCACCUGAACCACUGCAGGAUUUGCAGCUACCAUUCAAGGUAGGAACACUGCAAGACUUGCAGCAAAGGGCUCACAUCACUCAAGAUGGGUGCCCAGAGUGGCUUUUCAGCAGGGCCCAUGCCUUCUGUGGCAUUGGGACUGAGCCAGGAAGAUUCUUGAGAAGCAACAAAGCUGCCAUUGAGGAGGAACUGCAGAAAGUCCAAGUGCCUGCCCAGCAGUUCCAUUACAGGGGGACUGGUGAGCCUGAAGCUGGGGAUAACAGCCAGUGGAAGGAUCACACAUUUGAGAGCAGAGCCUUUUUUGUGGUCCUCCUCUUGCUGACCAGAACCAGGUCAUUGAAAGCACAAGGAAAGGUAAAAACCUUGAACCUCAUCCUUGGCUUGGCAGCAAAAGCCUUUUCAGUCAUGGAUCUGGGAAAGCCUAUUAUGGGCUUGGUGACCAAAAGGGAUGGAACCCUGGUGAGCAGGGAGCUUGCCUUCUCCAAGCAAGGUGUGUGCCUCUCCUUUGCAGAGUUCAUCAUGCUGUGCCCUGGUGCUUCAGCAUUGUGGAAGAAACUGACCACCAGAUGCUGGCUAAACAGGUGCAUAACUUCAUCUGUGGAAACCAUUUCAUUUCUGGACUUGUGGUUCUUUGUGGUGUACAUCUAUGCCCACCCCAAGCUCAAGCAACUGGGCCAAAACCUUUGGUCCUCCAUUGGCAAGGACUUGCUAGUGGAGUUGGUGCACAGAACUGGGGAAGCCUUGGUCACAGUUGCUGUGCAGGCCAGUUCUGAGGCUUUGAGCAUGCUCCCAACUUUGAAAACAAAGGCAGGGGCUGUGAGGAAAGUUGCUGAUCCAGUGAACAGAAUGCUUUUGUUGCUUAAGUUGAAGAAGGAGAAGCAGCACAGGAAGAGGAUAGCUGCAACCCAUGAGGAGCUGGGUGGCAGCACCAACAGGAUGAUAGUUUUUGAAAACUAUGUUGACUGCAUCCUUCACCUCAAGGCUUUGCAGAGCGGCUUUGAGAGAAGCAGGCAGGUCUCUGUGUCAUGGGACCCAUCCAACUAUGGUGGGAAGGAGGUUCUGAUGAGCAUCCUGUAUGACCCUGCUUUGGACAAGGCAGCAUACCUCAUGUGUCAGCACAUGACACAAACCAUGCUGUCUGAGCUUCAUCCUUCUUUGCUGCCAGCUGCCAAGAGCAGAAAACUCUGCAGAUUGGAAGGUUUCAAAGAGCUGAAAGGCUUGGGUUCUGCCUUGGCAUCUGUGGGCCUGUCCCUGGCAGACUUUCAGGUAGCAUGUUUGGUCUCCGUGACAGACCAGGGCCCAAACAUUAUUGGUGCCACAAACUACCUCCAAUACUCACCCAGUGCCCUCAUGUUCUUGGCCUUGUGGGACCCUUUCCACAGGGCUUGGAAUGACCUGAAAGGAGCAAUGAAGGCAUCCAAGUCUGGGGCAUGGAGAACAGUCUUGGAGCUCACCCUGGUGGCCAAUCUUAAUUAUGGCCCCUUCUCAAGCUCUGCCUGGCACUACAAGAAGAAGGCCAGGCUAGAAGAUUUUUGUGCCACCAGGAACUGCAGUGAUGAGCUGUGGGUCAAGUACCAGCAUCUGAUCUGCAAGGAGAGGCGGAUGCAAGAGCCCAGCAGCUUUGAUGAUUGCCAGGCCUUGUUUGAAACCCUCCACACCUUGGAUUCCUUCAACACCAAGGGGCCACUCAUCAAGCUGAUGAGAUGGUUUUCCUGGUUUGAGUCCAUGGUCUUCUACCAGGGGGAGCUUUGGAUGACCAAAAUGGUCCUGGAAUCUGGCUUGGACUCCUUGGAGCAGGGGUCUGAGCAGGAGGUGGAUGAGAAGCCAAAGGGCAACAAAGACCACCAAAAAGAAUUACAAGAAUUGAAGAAGAGGAAAGGCACUUGGAAACUUGCUCCCCAGUUGAUCAACUCCAAAAACAUGGCAGUCAAAGACUGCAUUUUAUCCAUUGGGAAGUCCACCUGGCAGCUGUUUGCUGCAAGGGCCAGGGACAUUUGCUCCCCCAACCAUGUGAUGGAGUUGAACAUCAGCUGUUCCUACCUGGGAUUUUGGAAGCAGGAACUGGAGGAGAUGGUUCAGUGCUCUCUUUUUGAUGAAAGGCACAUGCAGCACCUGCUCCCUGAAUUCAGAUCCCAUGAGAAAGUCUUGGAAUGGCAUGUGGAUCUGAUGGACAGGUUGCUUCAAACCAGAACUCAAAGCCUGGUAGCCUUUCACUGCUUGCCUCCCAACCUGUACAACCACAUCUUGUCUCCAUCUCCAGCAGCUGUAGUUGCUGCCUCUGAGCUGGCAACAGGCCACUGGAAGGUGCUUCUGAAAGCAGAAGAAGCUGCACUGGCAGGUGUGGAGGUGAAGCCUUUGAAGUCCAUGCACUGGAGGCUAAACCCCUUGGUCAGAACACUUCUGAUGGCCUAUGAAGAGGAUACUGCAAAGGGCAGGCUGUUCUCUAUUGACUCUGCUGCUUUGAGGCUGCAGAGGGUGAUUGCCAAGAACUUGGGUGUUCUGGAGCAGAGGAAGGUGUCCAUGGUGAAUGCCCAUGAAGCUCAGAAGGCAUUUGGGGAGGCAUGGAGGCCAGCAUACAAGGAGAGUGUUGUCAGCAGCAUGAGGAGCAAAGGGAAAAAGAUGCCUGUAGGACUGCAGAACUUGAUGCUGGCCCAGAAGGGUGACCAUACAUGGCCUUCUCCUGCUGCUGGGUCUUUGUUCCAGUCUUCUAUGGCUACCCAAUGGCUCUUCAACUACUGGGGCAAUGAGGACCUGCCAGAUGUUGAUGUCAAUGCUGCUUGGCUCUCUUUCCUUGCACAGCCUGGUUCCAUUCUUGCCCAAAAGUCUUCAGGCUUGAUGGUGAAAGUCCUUGCCUCUGCUGAGUUUGGCUUUGUGGGACUCAGGAUGAAGGUGGUGGUUCUUGACCAAAAAAGGUUUUACUGCUGCUGCCAGGGCAGGGACCAAUUCAUGACCCACUACAUCUAUGACCUGGAUGAUUGGAUUGAGCUUCACACGGAACCUUCCUUACUUGGGGGGUACACAGGCCCCAUUGGAUGGGUGCCAACUGGCCAUGCACCAUUGCCUUUGGAUGUCUCUGCUUUGGCCCAGGGCCACAGCAUGACCUUUCAGCAGGCUUUGGGCCUGUUGAGGCUUUAUGGUGCUGCUGGUGGUUUGCCUGGCAACCCUUCAAAGGCCACUGUGAUGAAGAAGUUGAUUGAAACAGUUGUGCCAGACAAUUUGAAGGAGCAAGCCCUGUCACAUCUCCAAGCCCCUCAGGCAAAAGAAGAGCAGAUGUUUGAUUCUGACUUUUCUGAAGUCCUGUCAGAGCUGGGGCAGGAUGAAAACAACAUCCAGGACCUCAAGGAAUACAAGGAGAAGAAAAAGUUCUACAACAUGAAGAGAAGGAUGAAUGCCAAGGACAGCCCCAUCCCAAAGGCCAAGGCCAAGGGGAAGGCAAAAGCAAAGGCAAAGGCAAAGCCAAAACCCAAGGCCAAAGCCAAGGACUUUGCCACAAGAUUUUCCAAAAGGAGGGCCAAGAAACUUGCAGAGGACAAGAAGGCAGAGGAGGAAGCAUGCCUGGAUUUUGCUGAUGGCUUGGAGAAGGCUUUGGAUGAGGCUGAGCAGCAGGAGCUUGAGCCUGAGCCCAUUGUGCCAGAGGCUGGGCCCAUGGAAGUUGAAGUGGCAGAGGCUGAGCCCUUUCAAGGUGAAGUGGCAGAGGCUGGCCCCAUGGAAGUGGAGGAAGCACCUGCUGGUGCCAUGGAAGUGGGGCAGGAAGCUGCUUUAGUUGCAGAGGCAGGUGAAGCAGCAGAUGCUAAAGCCAAGGCUGCCCCCAGGAGGGAGGCCAGAAAAACUCCAGAGGAGCUGAUGGCCUUGAUUGAGCCUCCAGGGUGCAAGAUGGGGAUCUCUUUCUUUGUGCACACAUUCACUUCCAGAUGGGCCCAGGACCAUCCAAGUCUGCCUGGCCAGUUUUCCCAAAGAACUUUCAGCAGGGCAUUCUUUGCAAGGAGAAGCUGGAGAGAGGCAUUAGUGGAUGUGCACGAACACAACUGGAAAAAGUGGAGGCAGUUGAAGAGUGUGUACCCACUGGCUGGCAAAAGGGAAAUGGAACCAGGGCAGAUUCCUGACCAUAUCCUUGACCAGUUUGAGCCCAUCAUUGCUGAGUUGCCAGAAUAUGUCAG